GUAUAAUUGUAGAUGGUGUACCAUUUGCAUUUGGAUAUGUUGCUCUCCUCCACAAAUAUAUACUAAUAUUUCAUAUUUUAACAUUCGUAUUAAUUAUCGAUUUGGUAUAUAAAACCAUUUCCAUAGUUAAGCAGCUGGAAGCAUAAAUAUCGGGAGACAGAGAAAAGGGGUUAUCAAGCAUGAUGAACUGUGAUGAGAUCCUGAAGAUUAAUGGAGAAACAACUGAAGGAAUGGAACAAAAGGAUGACCGGCUGGCUAAAUGUAAAAGCAAUGAAAUGGAGCGAAACAAAAUACGCCUUAUGAGAGCCUAUGUUGAGAAAAUGGAUCCCUCUUCCAAGGGAGUUGAUGACUCUACACUCAUAAGAUUUCUGCGAGCUCGUGAUUUAGAUGUCAAGAGAGCGUCUGUCAUGUUCCUCAAUUACCUGAAAUGGAGGAAGGAAUUUGUUCCAAAUGGCUUAAUUUCCCCAUCACAAGUUCCAAAUGAAAUUGCACAAAACAAGAUGUUUAUGCAAGGAUCGGAUAAGAAAGGACGUCCCAUUACAGUUGUUCUUGGAGCUAGACAUUUUCAAUACAAAGAUAGUCUGGAUGAAUUUAAACGUUUUCUCGUUUGCGCCCUGGAUAAAUUAUGCGCCAGGAUGCCACCAGGAGAGGAGAAAUUUAUUGUCAUUGGAGAUCUUCAAGGUUGGGGUUAUGCAAACUGUGAUAUCCGAGGAUGCCUUGCAGCUAUAUCUUUCAUGCAGGACUACUACCCAGAAAGACUAGGGAAGGUGCUCGUUGUGCAUGCACCUUACAUUUUCAUGGCAGUGUGGAAAACCCUUUACCCUUUUAUAGACCAAAACACCCGGGAAAAGAUUCUAUUUGUAGAGAACAAGAAGUUGAAAUCUACUCUCUUAGAAGACAUUGACGAGAGCCAAAUACCAGAGAUAUAUGGAGGGAAACUUCCAUUAGUUCCAAUCCUGUAGAGCUGAUUAACAAACCAUCCCAAACAGCAAGAGAUUUUGGGCCUUGUAGACUAGCAAAGCCUAUCUCUAUGUUCUUGUCCAAAUCAAAGUCUUCUAAGCUAAACCUUCUGUUAUAUAUUACAAAAAUAUCGUUUAUUUUGCGUGGUUAUAUAUUAAUAGCUACAUUAAAUUCUAUA